GGGAGAUAAGUUUUUAAGCAAAAAGGAUGACGCGUGGUUUUGUUAAAUUUUAUCGUUGAAAAAUUAGACUAAGCUUCCACAUGUUUAUUAGAUAUACCAACCACUAAAAUUUGAUUAUCAUCCUUGAUACUAGAGGAAAAUGGACAAGCAAUAUUCCAUUCAAUUCUUCACAAAGUUUGUGGAAGCAAUGCAGAAGUUCUGCCGAGACUAUAUUGAAUUUGAACAGGCAGUGGAGCUGAGUGGCUACCUUUCUUUGGAGAUAGACAAUUACAAGAAGGAGAGAUAUGUUCUCAGUGAGAUGGUUCACAGUACUGGUGAUGUGAUCAGUGAGAGCUACUGUGUGAAAGCCUUCAAGACUAUGAAACGUUUACCUUCAAAGUCCGACACAGUUCUUAGAGACACAGUGAACGUCCGGGCAACAGGUGUUGCCGCGUCCAGGGAUGUCACCAUAGACCUCAGACACAGCCCAGAGCCACGGUCCCCACAUCAUGCUGGUUUCCAGCCAUCUUCGGUAAGACAUAGGGCAGCAAAUUCAUAUCGUUCAGUCUCAGGUGUUCCUCAAUCAUCUCAUCGUCAAGGACAACGGACAUCACCAUCCAUGUCUCCAUCAAACAAAAGAACUCAUUUGCCUUUUGCAGCCGGAGCAGCAAAUCAAGUUGUAGACAAACAGUCGGAUGUGUUUAACAGUCAGUAUGAAUCACAUUCAUCAGGGCAUAAUACUAAUAAUGAAGAACUUCUUGAAAUUCAACCAAGACAAUCCGUCCUAAUUUCUUCCAGCCAAACUGUUUCGACCAUUGCUGCUGAGGGCAAUUCUGAAUCCAGCAGUUUUGCACCUCCAAAGGAUGAUAGCCAAACUCCAGAAGCUCAUGCAAGAGGUCAGAAACGAAGCAUUCCCAUUUCCGAAGACGCACCAUUUUCUAAAAAAGAUAAAACGGAUGGUGACUUAGAUUCUCUUAUUACUGCUGCCACAAGUAUUGUUCCUGUUUCUGAAGCAGACGUGAACUCAUUUAAAAGUCUUUAUGAUUCUCAAAGUAAGCCGAUAUCAGCAGACACUGGUUCUAGUGAAAGUCCAUCAGCAUCUCUUCCAAGUGAAAGUAUACGUCUACCUCUACCUGGCAAUAUUCAUAUCAAAGAAGAGGUCAGUGACAUUGUGUUGUUGGACAGUCCAGACAAUGGUGGUGAUAAUUCAGACCUUGCUCAGUUAGAAGUUAGUUUUGGUGUUGCUGGACAAGAUUCAUCAUCAGAAUGGAACACCCAGAUGCAAUCAUCGAGUCAGCCCAAGUUUUCACAGGUAAGGAAAUUUGUGGCAGGGAGUGCCUCUGUGACACCACAGUGCAAGAAGAUCUUUGUAUGUGACCUUUGUGGAAAAGUUAUUAAGACAUAUAGUGGCCAUAGAAGACACAGGCUAACACAUGGUGUUAAUAAGAAAUUUAAGUGUGAGAUUUGCUACAAAUCAUUCGUAGAGAGACAUCAUUUUGAAGGGCAUAUGGAUGUCCAUGAUGGUAUCAAAUCUUAUGUUUGCUGCAAGUGUGGGAAGCAGUUUUCUUACAAAUCGUCUUACACAGGUCAUGUUAAGAUCUGUACUAAAUCAACCUGAAACGUUGUGGAGUUCAAUGUAGAUGUAGCUGGGUGGUAGAGCUGGAUGUCACCGAGUUUUAGAGCUGGAUGUCACCGAGUGGUAGAGCUACAUGUCACCGAGUGGUAGAGCUACAUGUCACCGAGUGGUAGAGCUACAUGUCACCGAAUGGUAGAGCUGGAUGUCACCGAGUGGUAGAGCUGGAUGUCACCGAGUUGGGCGAGCUGGUGCUGGAUGUCACUGAGUGGUAGAUAAGAGCUGGAUGUCACUGAGUGGGGGAGCUGGUGCUGGAUGUCACUGAGUGGUAGAGCUGGAUAUCACCAAGUGGUCACCGAGCGUGGAGCUUGAUGUCGUGGAGUGUUAGAACUGAAUGUUGUUAAGUGGUAAAGCUGUAAGUUGCUGAGUGGUAGAGCUGGAUGUCACCGAGUAAUAGAGUUACAUGUCACUGGGUAGGAGAGCUGGUGCUGGAUGUCACUGAGUGGUAGAGCUGGAUGUCACCGAGUAGUAGAGUUACAUGUCACUGGGUAGGGGAGCUGGUGCUGGAUGUCACUGAGUGGUAGAGCUGGAUGUCAGUAAGUGGUAGAGGUGGAUGCAGCUGGGUCAUAGAGCUGGAUGUAACUGAGUGGUAUAGCUGGUGCUGGAUGUUAAUGAAUUGUAGAGAUGGAUGUCGUUGAGUGGUAGAGCUGGAUGUGGUUGAGUGGUAGAGCUGGAUGUCACUGAGUGGUAGAGCUGGAUGUCACUGAGUGGUAGAGCUGGUGCUGGAUGUCACUGAGUGGUAGAGCUGAUGCCGGAUGUCACUGAGUGGUAGAGCUGGAUGUCACUGAGUGGUAGAGCUGGAUGUCACUGUGUGGUAGAGCUGGAUGUCACUGAGUGGUAGAGCUGGAUGUCACUGAGUGGUAGAGCUGGUGCUGGAUGUCACUGAGUGGUAGAGCUGAUGCCGGAUGUCACUGAGUGGUAGAGCUGGAUGUCACUGAGUGGUAGAGCUGGAUGUCACUGUGUGGUAGAGCUGGAUGUCACUGAGUGGUAGAGCUGGAUGUCACCGAGUGGUAGAGCUAGAUGUCACCGAGUGGUAGAGCUGGAUGUCACCGAGUGGUAGAGCUGGAUGUCACCGAGUGGUAGAUAAGAGCUGGAUGUCACCGAGUGGUAGAUAAGAGCUGGAUGUCACUGAGUGGUAGAUAAGAGCUGGAUGUCACUGAGUGGGGGAACUGGUGCUGGAUGUCACCGAGUGGUAGAGCUGGAUAUCACCAAGUGGUCACCGAGCGUGGAGCUUGAUGUCGUGGAGUGUUAGAACUGAAUGUUGUUAAGUGGUAAAGCUGUAAGUUGCUGAGUGGUAGAGCUGGAUGUCACCGAGUAGUAGAGUUACAUGUCACUGGGUAGGGGAGCUGGUGCUGGAUGUCACUGAGUGGUAGAGCUGGAUGUCAGUAAGUGGUAGAGGUGGAUGCAGCUGGGUCAUAGAGCUGGAUGUAACUGAGUGGUAUAGCUGGUGCUGGAUGUUAAUGAAUUGUAGAGAUGGAUGUCACUAGAGUGGUAGAGCUGGAUGUCACUGAGUGGAAGAACUGAUGCUGGAUGUCACCGAGUGGUAGAGUUGGAUGUCGCUGAGUGGUAGAGUUGGAUAUUGCUGAGUGGUAGAGCUGGAUGUUGCCGAGUGGUAGAGCUGGAAUUUUUUUUAAGUUUUACUAUGCUUGAAACCAUGUAUUUCUGACCAUCAAGAAGUAACGUACACUAAGUGUUAUAAAAAAAAGAAAGAAGGACCAUGUGUCCCUACCCCCAACUUACCUGGUCUCAGAACUGCAUCUUAAGAUAACAGUAAAUCACAUGUAGUCAAUGUAAGUAGCGAUGACCCAUUAUAUAAUUUGGUUUAUACUGUGUUACUUUAUUCAUGGUCUAUAAAAAUAAAAACUAUUUGUGUGUUAAUAGUGUUGUUGAGUUUAAAUAGAAAUGGAGAGAUUCAGUUGCUUAACUAGUGAAGUUAGUAAAUAGAUUUUAAUUUCAUUAACUCUGUACAAAAUAUACAUUGUGUGUAUGUGUGCACAGGUGUGCAUAUUUGUGUAAUGUAUAUAUAGUUAAACCCAUUUUACAAACAAUAAACUAUAGGAAUCGACAAAUGUUAUUUGUAGUGUGUUCAGAAAAGCAAUCAGUUUUUAGCACUUGUGAUCAGUUGAUUGGUAUGUCUACUAUGGCCAUAAUUAGAAAGUGGCUAAUUUCCCAUUACAGCUUACAUCUUUUUUUCUUUUUUCUUUUUUUUCUGAUAGCCGAAUCAGUACAAUACUUGUUGCCAAUUUAAAAUAAAAACAGAUGGUUUUAAUCUCAAUGUGCCUGUCAGGAGAAGUACAGUAAAGUACACUUAUAACGAACAUGCUUAGAACAAACUACUGCAUAGAACAAACUGAUCGUAAAGUCCUGUUUUUAUCUCUCAAUACAUUAAUAUUAGCCAACUUAUGCAAUAGUGUACAAUGAACUACUGCUAUAACAAACUAACUAUCGUGGUCCCUUCUGGUUUGUUCCAUUGAGCUAUUUCUCGUUCCAGCCAGUGCACCACAACUUGUAUAUCAAAGGCCGUGGUAUGUACUACCCUGUCUGUGGGAUGGUGCAUAUAAAAGAUCCCUUGCUGCUAAUCGG